GGAGGCUUCCAGAUUAAUUCUGAGAAUUACAGAUGCAAGCUCUCCACCUUGAUUUCAGGAGAAAGAAGGGGAAGUUCGUACUGGGUGCUCUGAGGCACACUCAGGCAAGGUCUGAAGUCGCGGCAUGGAUGCUGUGAGCUAUGAUGAUGUGCAUGUGAACUUCACUCAGGAAGAAUGGGUUUUGCUGGAUCCUUCACAGAAGAGUCUCUACAAAGAUGUGAUGCUGGAGACCUACAGGAACCUCAGUGCCAUAGGCUACAAUUGGGAAGAUCAUAAUACUGAAGAACAUUGUCAAAGUUCUAGAAGAUGUGGAAGGCAUGAAGGACGUCACACUGGAGAGGAACCUUCUGAAUAUACUAAAGGUGGUAAAGGCUUUGCAUAUUACAGUCAUCCUCAAUGGCAUGAAAGAGUUCAUACUGGCGAGAAACCCUACGAAGUUAUUCAAUAUGGUGAAGACUUUGCCUAUCACAGUAGUCUUCAAAUAUAUAAAAGAAUAGAUAUUGGAGAGAAACCUUAUGAAUGUAAUCAGUGUGGUAAAGCAUUUACAUAUCAUAGUCAACUUCGAAGACAUAAAAGGACACAUACUGGGGAGAAGCCCUACAAAUGUAAUCAGUGUGGUAAAGCCUUUUCACAAAAUGGCCAUCUUGUAAUACAUAAAAGAACACAUACUGGCGAGAAACCUUAUGAAUGCAAUCAGUGUGGCAAAGCCUUUACAGAUCAAAGUCAACUUCGAAUACAUGAAAGAGCACAUACCGGGGAGAAACCCUACAAAUGUAAUCAGUGUGAUAAAGCCUUUUUACAAAACAUUAACCUCAGAAUACAUAAAAGAGCACAUACUGGAGAGAAGCCCUACAAAUGUAAUCAGUGUGAUAAAGCCUUUGCUCAAAAUGGUCAUCUCAUAAUACAUAAAAGAACGCAUACUGGAGAGAAACCCUAUGAAUGUACUCAGUGUGGUAAAGCCUUUGCAGAUCAAAGUCAACUGCGAAUACAUAGAAGAAUACAUACUGGAGAGAAACCCUACAAAUGUAACCAGUGUGAUAAAGCCUUUGCACAACACAGUAAUCUCCGAAUACAUAAAAGGACACAUACUGGAGAGAAACCCUAUGAAUGUAAUCAAUGUGAUAAAGCCUUUUUACAAAACAUUAAUCUCAAAAUACAUAAAAGAGCACAUACUGGAGAGAAAAGUUAUGAAUGUAAUCAAUGUGGUAAAGCCUUUGCACGUUACUAUCAUCUUCAAUGUCAUGAACGAAUUCAUACUGAAGAGAAACCUUACAAAUGUAAUCAGUGUGAUAAAGUCUUUUCACAAUCACACAGUCUCCGAAUACACGAAAGGACACAUACUGGAGAGAAACCCUAUGUGUGUAAUCAAUGUGGUAAAGCCUUUGCAGAUAACAGUCACCUUCGAAGACAUAAAAGAACGCAUACUGGAGAGAAACCCUAUGAAUGUAAUCAAUGCGGUUCAGCCUUUUCACAAAACAGCUAUCUCAGAAUACAUAAAAGAACACAUACUGGAGAGAAGCACUUUGAAUAAGCAAUAUGAUAAAGCCUUUACAUAUAGCAGUAGUCUCAGAGAUCAUGAGAAAAGUCAGCCUACAGAGAAACCCCAUUAAUGUAGUGAGUGUGGUAGAGUUUUGUACUUCAUUGUGUCUUUAUAUAAGAGGAAAACCUUCAGUGCAUAAUCAGUCUGUUAAAGGCUGCAUAUCCCAGUAGUAUUUGAGGUCCUGAAAGAACUACUGAAGGGAGUCUAUGACUAUAAGGGAUUUGGUCCGAUGUUUAGCCAACACACAUUCAGUUACACAGCAUUUAUCCUAGAGAAAAAGUGUAACACAUGUCAACAGUCUCUUCAAGCAUUAUGUUGUCAUUGUUUUGGUGGCACUUUUUUUUUUUCAUUCAUUUUUGUAUGUUAAACCAUCUCUAUCUCUGGGAUGAAGCCUACUUGAACAUCAUACAAGAUCCUUUUGGUCUUUUCUUUUAUUGAAUUUGGAAGUAUUUUAUUUUUACAUCUGUGCUCACAUGGGAAAUUGGUCUAUAAUACUCUUUUCAUUGAAUCUUUUUGUGUUCUGGGUAUCAGAGUAACUGUGGCUUCAUAAAAUGAAUUGGGUAAUGUUCCCUUUUUCUGUUUUUUUAAAAUUCUGUAAAGAAUAUUUACCUCCGAAUAGGCAAAUCUAGAUGCUGAGAUUUUGGUGAGUUUAUUGUUAACAUCUGCUCCUGUGUGUACUAAACCUUCAAUUUCAGUUCCAUUUGUUUGUAUUUUCAGCUUUUGUCUUUUAUCAUUUCUAGCAGUUGGCUAAAAAUACUCGUUUUUGAUCUCUCCUGAAUUUUUUUCUUUGAUCUACAGAAGGUGUUCUGUCCUUGAUCACGUGUAGACUGUGUUGUUUUUUAACAACAGGCAUUAAAUCUUUUAAUUGCUA